CAGUGUUGCGUUUUGUGGAUGAUCGAUUAACGACUCAAUUACGUAUCAUCAUAGCCAAUCUUGUAUUGCCAUCCUUUGUCUAUUCCGAAUGGCUUUAAAAAUGAAACGACGAUGGACACCCACCUUCCUCUCCGCCAAACUUACGCCUAACAUCGGAGUAUCUCAAUCUGUGCCAAUGCUCCGCGCACCCCUCCCAUCUUCGCUCUCCGCGCCAACGACUACUCUCGCCUUACAAUCCCAUCUCAUGUCUAACCCGAUCUUCACCGGCACACUCCUCUCAGUGUCCUCCUAUACCUCCCUAUCCCCUCUCCACAAACUAGCACCGAAAAAACACGUUCUUGGAACAACCACCCGCAAAAUUCCCGUCCGCCUCACCAUUACCCCAACCCAAACAACUGAACAUGAGCUCUUAUCUUCCGGGAGCACCGGCAAGCUUUUAUCACAAUUCGAUACAGAUUAUCUUGGAUUCGGUUUAAUCAGAGUCAGCAAAGAAAAGGGACGGUGGAGGUUCGUACUUCGAGAUGGUGUGAAUGGCAUUCAAAGAGUAUUUGAGGUUGCAUGUGUGGCAGAAUUGAGUGUUUGGGUUAGGACGUUGAGGUCCCUUCCAGGAGUUUCCGUAUCCGAGUCACUCCAUUCCGAACAUUGCGAUUCGACUGUUGUGGAUAGACCUUCAGAAGAGGUUGCUUUGGCUGCUGAACCCUCUACACCCAUACCUCAUCCUCCCAGAAUACCACCACCCACAACAUACACAAGUCUCCGAAUGCGAGCCUCCAAGGUGAAAACAGCCGUUAACGUCCAAAGAAUUGAGAACAAGCAUGCUUUGGAUAGAUUGGAGUCCCUCUUGAAUCGAGUUGAAGUGGUGCGAGAGGAACUGCAGGAUGUGCGAGGGCGAUUUGCAAUGUGAUGGAUUAUAGUUUUGAUUUUUUGAUGGAAAGGAAAAUGGGAUAUUUUUGUAUUUUCAUGAUAUUGAAUUUUUUUAUUCUUUUGACGUGUGUUUAAAGCGGGCCCGUUGGAAUGGACGGAAUAAAAACAAGCAUUUCACCAGUAACAAAC